GAGAAAUGAUGAAUUUUCUGAGGCCUGCUAAAAGUCAUUUAUUAGCUCCAAUUUCUGUAUGAAUGAAAACUAUGAACUAUUUGAAUGUACUGGCGUGCAGUUUGUAUUAGAAUAAUGUAACGCAUGCUUGAUUCAUUUCUCCUUUAUUAGUUUUUAGACUGAGCUGAUGUCCCACCCACUCCAAGUAUGAUUAAUGAGUUUUUUUCCUCCUUUUAUAGAAUUCUGUUAUGAACUCCAAGGCUUCAGUAUUAGGAAAUGUUUGUCUACUUUACAUUAUUUUUUUUCAGAUAUUUAGCCUUCCUCAUCUCAAACUGGUGGAAGACUCCCAAAGCUGGCCCAGUGACUUGAAGUGAUCUCAGUAUUGGAUGACGUCCAUGUUUCUGGCAUGGACAAGCCUGCUUACACAAGCCCUGUCUUGUAUGCUUCUGGCCCAGCCUGCAGUGGCCAUUUCCUCUCUCUCAUUAGAAAAUCAUCUAAUACCUCCUACCUUCAUCAUAAUGGGCAGUGGUUUAGCAUCUGUGACACAACAAUUCUGCAAUUACAUAUUCUAAAGAUAUAGAAUAACUCUUGCCCCAUAAUGGUUACAUCUUCAAAAAUCAUGACUGAGAGAUUAUUGCUAACAGCACUGAAGGGUGGCAGGAACACUAAGAUUCUUACUUUGAAUGGGAAGAAGAUGAGCAAGAUGCCCUCAGCACUGAACAAACUGCCUAAUCUGAGGACUCUAGACCUUCAGAAUAAUCAAAUCUCCAAAGUAUGCCCUGAGCUAAGGACCUUGACCAAGUUGACAUUACUAAAUCUGGGAAACAACCUUUUACAAGAAGUUCCUGAAGAGAUAAAAUACCUUAUCUCCCUGAAGAAUCUUCAUUUAUUUGGAAACAGGAUUUGCAGAAUUGCUACUGGAGCCUUUGAUGGCCUGGAAGACUUGGUUCUACUUAAUCUGAAUGACAACCAACUUAGGAGUCUUCCUCCAGAAAUUGGCAGAUUACAGAAUCUCACCUUCCUAAGCCUCAACCAUAACAAGCUCACCGUGAUUCCCAAAGAGCUCUGUUUCCUUGAACAUCUUUCGGAACUUCAGAUUAACUACAAUCAGAUCAGGCGCAUCCCUGAGGAGAUCAGGUUCCUACAGAACCUUCAGCAGCUUUCUCUGGUCAGGAACCACAUCGAAGAGUUGCCAGAGGAAGUUUGUCAGCUUACAAAACUAGGAGUCCUGGAUAUAGCUGGAAAUGCAAUCCAGAUAUUUCCAGCAGGUUUUCAGGAUCUAAAGCUGAGUGAAUUCUACUGUGAGGGAAACCCACUCUUCCUGAAGAAUCCAAUUUAUGCUCCACAACCUAAAGAUCUCUGGACUCUACGGGAAAUAGCAGCAAGAUUUGUCCUCUCUCAAUUAGAAGAAAACAACCCUUUGAUUACGGAUGCCAUAGAGUGUUACCCAGAGGUCAAGGACAAACUCUCCAAAGCGAAAAAAUGUUCGAUAUGCAGAAAACCUUUCUUAUCUGAGUGGCUGGAAUGCGUUUACUUUGUUCCUCCAUCGAAGAACUGGAAGAUAAGCAAAAACCUAGAGCUGAUUCCUCUCCAGACAUUAGUCUGUUCCUACAAAUGUUUUGACCGGCGUGAUCCUGAUCUCUUUGGAAUUGCUAAAGAAUAGAGCAGGAAGAAGAGCUCUCCUGUUGGUCCAUAUCUGAAGUGGAAGACAGUCAGAAAACCUUUUGAUGUCUAUA